AUGGCUUUCGGGAGGGCUCCGCGGGACCCGUUCGGCACCGCCGUGGGCAGCCUGGUCGAGCGGGCCACGCUCGGGUCGCUGCAGACGGAGGAGUGGGGACAGUUCAUGCACAUCUGCGACCUGAUCAACGCCACGGAGGAGGGGCCUAAAGAUGCAGUUAAAGCACUGAAGAAGAAGCUUUCAAAAAACUGUAACCACAAGGAGAUCAGACUUACCUUGUCUCUGCUUGAGAUGUGUAUGGAGAACUGUGGCCCAAGAUUCCAGUCUUUAGUUGUGAAGAAGGAUUUCUGCAAAGACAAGCUGGUGAAAUUGCUGAACCCAAGAUUCAACCUUCCCACUGACAUGCAGGAGAAAAUCCUGACCUUAAUCAUGGCUUGGGCACGAGGUUUCCAAGGGAUGGUGGAUGUGAGUGAAGUAAAAGAAGUUUACAUAGAAUUGCUGAAGAAAGGAGUGGAGUUUCCAUCCUCUGACACCAGCAGUGGUGGAUCUAAGGUUUCACUCUGGCCUUGUGCAAAGUCAUCCCCAUCCUCUGCAAGUCCUGCCAAACGUUCCUUCCUGCCUCUUCCCACAGGCCCAACGUUGUUGUUGACUCCAGAGCAGAUUGGGAAACUGUACAGUGAACUGGAUAUGGCAAAAAUGAACGUGAGAGUCAUGUCAUCAAUAUUGAAAGAUAAUGUUCCUGGAUCUGAAAAUCUGGAUGAUAUGAAUCUUUUACAGAAAUUGUACAAGACCUGUCGGAUGAUGCAGGAGAGGAUCAUGGAAUUGUUGGUGACAGUGGAGAAUGAGGAUGUGAUUGUUGAGCUAAUACAAGUAAAUGAAGAUCUGAAUAAUGUCCUCCUGGGACAUGAAAGGUUCUCACGGAACAGAGUUCGUUUCCUGGAGAACCAGAGGAUACAGCGUGAGCGGGAGGAGCUGUACAGGAAGCAGCCAUCUGCUCCCUCGAGUGAUCUCCUUGGCCUCUCCAUAGAUUCUCCAUCUUCUGUGUCUGCAGCGGUGCAAAGUCACCCUGCAGUGUCUCCUUCAGGAGAUGGCCUAUCUGCACACCCUGAAGAUAAAACCAGGUCUCAUCCAUCAAUUUACCCACAGCUGGAUUCAGCAGCUCCUACAAAAGCUCAUCAAUUCCCAUGUGCAGCUGAAGCACAAAACAAUAGUUCCAGCAGCCCAGCUGGACACACGUAUAGCAAUGUGAGCACAUACAGCAAUCUGACGACUCUUUUAAGCCCAGUGCCUCUGAAUCCAAUCAAUCUGCAGGCUGGACAGACUGUGCCAUCAAAUGGACCAUCACCAGCAGCUACAUCAAAGAACAAGUCACAGUCACCUCAUUACUAUGAGAUAAUGGAAUUCGAUCCCUUGGCUCCCACUGAAGCUAUUUAUGAAGAAAUUGAUGUUGUGCUGAAGACAGAAGUGAAAAAGAACACAGACUGA